AUGGCCAAUGCUCUUCACACUCUCCACAUCCAUGGUAUCACCGUCGAUUUUACCAAGUCGAAAUCGAAUAUAGAGUCUGCUGAAGUACGGAUUGGCGAAUCACAUUCGCCAAUUGAACUUAAACGCGAAGGGCCCGAAGGAAGGAGUUUGCGGUACACAUUUUCUCCACCCAGGGUGUUUUCUCGCGACGAAUUAUUUUCCUUACAUAUGCGGCACAAGAAUCAUUUUCUGAGAACCAAGCAUCAUAAAGACGUUACUUUCGACACAGAUGAGAUAUUCCAAUACAUCAAGUGGUAUAAAAAAAUCCGGAUCGUCGUCGACUUUUCCGAGAAUAUUUCAACUAAAACAGGUGUUGGCAAGUCAUCACUCAUCGACCACGUAUUUGGAGUAGGCGAACGAACAAUCGUUGAGCACGAUAGGCCAGGCGAGGCUUGCAUCGACGAUGAGUUCACCUCGCGUGAGAACGACAGGUUCGUUCUCCACGAUAGCAAAGGUUUCGAACCAGGGGAAGAAAAAAACCUCAAAAUAGUCCAAGAUUUUAUGGAACGUCGAAAGAACAUGCCAGAUUUGAAGGAUCAGCUGCAUGCUGUUUGGUGGGGAUUCUAUCUCGACCAUUCCGUUAUGAUACCCCGUGCGGGCGGACGUUUGCUGGAGACAGGAACGGAGGAUUUCCUGAAAUCGAAACUUGAAGGAACCUUGGGAAACGUCCCCGUUAUCGUCGUCCUUACUAAAUAUGAUAUACUCGUCGAUCGCGUGGAGCGAACUCUAAAUGAAGCCUAUCUCGAUGGAUUGAGCGAAAAAGCUAUCCAAGAACUCGUCAAGGAAGGAGCAGAAACAGAGGUGCAGAACACCUGCAUCGGACCUCUCGAGGAAUUCACAGGGUCUGAUAUUCCCCAUGCCACGAUCUCCAGUCCAUGCGUGCCUCUGAAGUGUAAUAUUGCAGCCGCAAAAGGCUACAAGGAGACACUCGCCGGCCUGAUCCAAAAAACUGAAACCUGUGUCAAUUUGCAUCUUGAGCCCGAUGCCGCGGUGAUGACCUCCGUCGCUCAGCGAGUGCAUCCUGGACUCAAAAUAAAGGCAUUGAUUAAGAUUGGCAAACAAAGAUAUUGGAAUGCGCUCAUGUCAUGCCCAACGUUCAAGAACAACCAGAUGAAGGAUUGUCUGCGUGUGCUUCAUAACGACAUUGUCGACGUGUGGAACUUCCGUGAUCCUCAUAAGUACUUGCGCAGCCAACAGUUCAGGGAUUUGAUGAUGACAAUGGUCGAUAACAUACAAGCUGAAUCCACCACCACGUCCAUGACAUUUGGGUCGUCCAUGUCCGGCCCUAUUGUGAGCAUGCUGGGCGCCUUGUCGGGACCUGCGGCUCCCAUCGUAGUACCAAUCGCAGCAGUCGCCGUAUUCGUCGCACAAUGGGUUUAUGAGGUAUACCAGAUAUCCGACGUGGUGCUUCAGCGCUUGAUGGCCUACAUCAUGCACUUGACGCUUGUGUUGCAGACACUUUUUUUCGUGUCAAAAAGCCGGGUACUCACUCGUAGGGCCAUCAAACUCGCGGAAGAGGUUCUCACUCGGAUUCAGGAUUAUGUCCAGGGAUUGGCUAUCUUGGCACACGCGGAUAAGGAUAUCUUGGAUAAAAUCGAAGAGAUGAUGCAAUUUUACGAGAUGGAUGCGGCACAAGUGUCCGAGCUUGAGGCAAAAAUCCCCGAUGUAGAUUUGUUACCAGACGAACCAUGGUAA